AUUCGCGUAGCUAAACUGGAAUUGAAAAAAGUGCAGGAAAUUAACUUGAUCCCUGCCAGAAAUGGAGGUGAAACAUUCAGAGAUCAAGAAGAGAAGAAAGAAAGAAAGAAAGAAAGAAAGAAAGAAAGAAAGAAAGAAAGAAAGAAAGAAAGAAAGAAAGAAAGAAAGAAAGAAAGAAAGAAAGAAAGAAAGAAAGAAAGGACUCCCCAUUCAGAGGUCCAGAGGGUAUUUAUAAAACCAGAAACUGUUUUGAUUUGCAAUGCCCCAUUUUAAGAGAGGCUGCAGAGUUUCCACAGGUGGCCUCUGGAAGUUCCCUGAAGCAUCCAGGGGAGGAUUUAGAGUUAAGGCUCUGGGUACAAAAGCCGCCUUUUACAACUUGGGCUGAUUUCCGAACACGCCUGAUUUCCAGGAAUCAGUGCAAAGCAGAAACUGAAACUAAACAGGCUGCAUAAAAAGCACUCGCAUCCGCUCGAGCUUCACAAAAGCAUCGAAACCCCUCGCAGAGCGAAUAUAGCCGGGUUUGGCUCCUCUCCAGUCUGAACUUCAAAGACAAACAAGUUCCGACGCUGAAAUGGCUGUCCAGCCCAAAGGUGCGCUUGCUACGAGAGCCGUGAUGAACAUUAGCAAAGCAGAGGAAGUCCGAAAGGAGACAGAACUGAUGAUGAAGCCCCAUGCAAAUUGGGAGGAGUAUCUGAUGCCUGAGCCCAUUGCCAUCGCCCUCUUAGGGGAGCUGGCUUGCAUUGCCGCAGGACAAGGAGACUUUGCCAUCAAUCUUGCCCCACCCGAGGGAGGCUACAAAUAUAUGAGGUAUCCGAACUCUUUCCAGGCCUCCCUGAUGCAGGUGAGCAACAGUGGGUGGCAUGCCUUCAGCAUAGCCCACAAGAAUAUGGAUGGCAUCCGGCUGCUUUCUAUGAGCGUCCCUGAGCAAAUCAAGAUGGUCAUGAAGACCUUAUUCCAGGAUGACCUUACCUUGAUAGAUGCCUUGCUCCCUGGACAGCUAUCCAGCCUGAAAUCAAUUGCAAAUGAAUGUUCCUCUUUGGCUAAGGCAGUUGACAAUAAGUUCUAUGAUGUCAUCUGUCUGACUGAGGAACUCCUGGAAGUGUGUAUGAGUUCCAAAUCACAGUAUGAACAAGGACUGACGCAAACCAAACAAGCCUUGGAAGACCUGAAGCAAAGAAAAGCAGCAGCUGAAGAAACCAAGGCCAAAGCAGAGGAAUACUACAAGGAAGUAAAGAACAGAGUGACUGAUACGUUUGACGAUUAUAGAAAAGCGAUAGAUAGCAUUCCUACCGGCUGGAGUAGUGUAAUUCUGGAUUUCACUUCAACUGUAAGAGAAACCUUGACGGUGCCCAUUACCUGCCUGACAUCCUUGGUCAGCUCUAACAGAAAUCAAUUGCUUUCUCCAAUCGACAGCAGAAGUGAGGAAGAGUUUGAAAGUAGGGAUGACUUUAUAGCCAUGAACAACAUCUGUGCCCUGUCAGGUCAACUGGUGGCAUUGGUGGACGGUCUUAAAACCGUGGUGGAUGAUGAAGGUAAUAUUAACAUGGAUGUCCUCUACAAUAAAAAAAACAAUGAAAUCAAAACCAUAUGGACCAAAAAGAAAUCCCAGCAACUUUUAGAGAAAAUAAAAAAAGAAAGAAACUGCAGCCUGAAAAAUGUAGCAGUGAAAAUAUGUAACGAUAUCAUCAAGAUUUCCAAUAUGUUAACUGAAAGAGCAGUAUCAGGGAACAUAAACCAGAAAAAACUGAUAAAGAAAAUUAACACCCUCUCGAUUGAUAUUGAGGUUUUCGACAGCAGAAGCAAAUUCUGCAGCCGCACAUCCCCUUUUGGUCCCAUGGCACCAAAUAUGUCCAAAUCCCAGAGAAAUGUCCAAGAAGACUCAUCGUUGUCAUCGGCGAUGAAAAACAGCCUUUUGAAAACCGAGCAAACGAAAGAAAUACUGAAGAUGUGUCAAGAAGAAUACCAGAAAAGCUUCGACAACUUAAAGGAGCAGAAUAAGGAUUUGCUGGACGUGCUCAGUGAAAUGAAGAAAUGCGAAAUAAAGGAGAUUGAUUUUGAAAAAGCCCAAAACAUGCUGAUCAAAUGCCUGGACGCCAUGGGAAGAGUGAAGGAGCAGUGGGAGAAAAUGGUGCGUUUCUUCCAGAUGAUCUCGAAUCUCAUUGAUUCCUGUCUCAAUAAGCGCCUGACGGAAUUUGUGAAAUUGGCCGAAGAUCUUCCCCAAAUUCCAAAUUAUUCUCACCAAGACUUUAUCAUAGAUAUGAUCUAUAAACAGGCCUUCAAUGCGUCCAACAUAGCUCAUUUGGUGCACAUGAUAUCCGAGACCUACACAGACGUGUCUUCAAAAUACCUGAUGGAUAAUGUGGGCAGCCUGAGCAGGCUUAUUUCCAUGGACCCUUCUGAUCCCCAAUUCCGGAUGGAGCGGAUCAAACUAGCAGACGGCUGUGACAAUGCCCAAAAAGCGAUAAAGGACCUGGUCAUUAAGCAAAAGAAAGAAUUUGAAAAUAACAUCCAUGCCAGAGUGGCCAAAAUCAAUUCUGAGCUGAAGGCUGUCUUGCCAGAAGUGCCGGAAGCUGAGAGGAAAGCGAUCGAACAUAAUGUGCACAAAGGAAUGAGGGAAAUCACCGAGGAUGAAGCUGAUCAAUUCAUGUAGAAAUGUCUUUCAAACUAUGAGGGAAAUGGAGGCAGUCUAGGCCAGGGGUAGGCACCUUUGGCUCUUUUAUGACUCGUGAACUUCAACUCCCAGAAUUCGUGAGCCAGCAUAGCUGGCUCAGGAAUUCUGGGAGUUGAAGUCCACGAGUCAUAAAAGAGCCAAGGUUGCCUACCCCUGGUCUAGGCUCUUCUGUAUUAUUGCAUUUCCCUCAGAGUAAUAGGAUGUGAAUUGGGCCACUCAAUCAUCUUGUAUUUGCUAAAACUAGAAAACCAAGAAACGGCUAUAGAUAUUGCCAUUCAGGAUCUAUUCUGAACCAUAUAGCUCUAUGUAUCCCUAACUAGUGAGCAUGUAUCAGUAUGUUAGAAUAUCUGGCAGUUAUUGGGUUAAAUGCUAGGUAUGUUGAUGGGUCAGUGGGAGGAGUCUCAAAAGGUCAUUGGACAUUGGGAGACUUCCUGGACACAAGCCAGAUGGGAAUGCCUUUUUUCAUCCAGCCUCAUGUCUCCUAGCCACACGGCUUGGAGAUCCUUUGUGAUGCUCAGCAGAAGAAGAGGGGAAAAUUCAAUAUCAAUUUACCUGUGGAAUAAACCAAUAUUGCAAAUAUGUUUCUGGACGUAGCUACAUAAGAGUGAGUUAUUGUUUAGGAUUCCUAGAAAUAAAAGCAAUAUUUUCUGUUUAUUCUUCUGAGUUAUCUAUCUGUUUUGGAUUGGACGGAAAGCAGUCUGUUCUGUCUGGAACAGAAUAAGAUCCUUUCAAAAAUCACCUUGGCUGAUCAUUUCUGAGGUAGGGCUCAUGUUGGCUCCUACUAAAUAUUUCUAUUUUUGUUUCUCCUUUAGUGCACCAGUUACCUCUUUUCCACUUCGAUCAAUUUUUAUGGACCAAUACCUCUCCCUCUGUCUGCUGAUCUGCUUACUGGUUUGUCUGCCCUACCACUCCUCUCUUUUUGGGCUGUUUCUGGUGGAGGAAAAGCUGAAGUGUGUUUCAUGUGCUUCUCUUUUUACCAUACUUUGUGUCUCUAGGAUAGAGAAAGGGGUUGGGAUAUGUACUGUAUGUAGUUUGAGUUCAAUAUUAAAAAUGUGAUGUCCAAUUUCAUUCAUUGCUGUUAAUUCUAUUGUCACUACAGGCUUCCUUCAUUUUUGGAGUGAUGGUACAAUCAAGUCUCUCUCUCUCUCUCUCUCUCUCUCUCUCUCUCUCUCUCUCUCUCUCUCUUCAUAUAUCCAUGCACACACAUUAAUUGGGGGAUGAAUACAAUGUCUACAUUUUUUUCCUGGGGUUAGCAAUUUUAGGUCUGUAUUUCUUUGGAGAUGCUUAUCAAUUAACAGAAUAACAGAGGGACCAUGGAGGUCUUCUAGUCCAUCCCCCUGCUGGAUCCAACAGCCUGAUCUAUCAUCUCUUAGAGAGAUGGGUGCUUGGAUUACUCUGCUCACUGAAAUAUAGGUGAUAGAUUCUCAGUUUUCCCGGCUUCUUGAGUCCUUCUAACACCUUUUCAUAUCACUUUGGUACAGCUCAAGAACGGCUAGAUUCUAACAACCACCCCUAAUUUACUUUCUGCAAAUGAACUUUAAGAUAGCAAAUCUUAAGAACAAGGCAUUGUAAAAAUGUUACUUUUUAAAGAAGGGAUCCCUUUUCAUCAAAAGCUGAUGAUACAACUGUACCUAACGAGGAAAAGAGUGCCGGUUUAGAGAGAUACUCUUCAAGUACUUUUAGACGGUAAGUUUCCAGGAAAUCAAGAGAAAGAGGUUAAUCAAAUCAGCCAGAAUGAACAGAGUAAUUAAACAUUGAGUUUUGGGUUAGAUAAUAAGAAUUUCUUUUAUUUGGUUGUUAAUCAUACAGUUAUUAACUGCUAUUACACUAUGUUGUUUUCCAUAUGGUUGCAAUCUUAAGACUGAAAUAGGAUUUUUUUUAACUCUUUUUGCCGUUCAGUUGUUACUUUUACAUGUUAAUAUUUCUUUUACUGAUUCAUUACAGCUUUUCUGCCACAUAUAAGAACUAUGUUAGUCAUUCUGAAGUUACUAAACAUUAUAGUAAACAACUCUCCUGCAUUAAAUUCUUGCUUUUAUGCUAGAAAGAGUCAAUAAAUGUCUAUUCUCUAAAA